CUUGCUUUGCAUCCUUGCUGGCAAUUUUUAUUUGAACUAAUUAAUGAUUAACGGGAGUACUCUCCUUAAUCUUGUUCAAUGGUACAGAAAAGAAGAAGGAGCAGACAAGGCCAGAUGGACACAGUAGUAUCCUUUUUGUAGCACUAAACAGUUAAAAGGAAAAUGAAGCCCACGUAUUCCUUGUGUUUAGUGCUGACUGGCUUGUGUACUGUUGCCCAGUGUCAUCAGAAUCCUCAUAAACAUAAUAAACAGGAUGAUCCUAAAGGGGCAUACUACCCAGGACACAGUUCUCACAGGGAAGAAGUUUAUCCACUUAAGAACAAAACCUUUGUUAAACUAAUUCCCAGCAAUGCUGACUUUGCAUUUUCGUUUUACAAGCUGGUUGCAUCCGAAGAAACUGAUCAAAAUAUUUUCUUUUCACCUAUAAGCAUCUCUGCUUCCUUUGCAAUGCUGGCACUCGGGGCCAAGUCAGCGACACUGACGCAGAUUCUGGAAGGGCUUGCCUUUAACCUGAAAAAGACUCAGGAUCAGGAAAUACAUGAAGGUUUUUGCCAACUCCUCCACAUGCUGAACCGUUCAGAUAGUGAGCUCCAGCUGAGCCUGGGCAAUGCCCUUUUUAUAGAAGAGACGCUAAAACCACUACAGAAGUUCUUGGAUGAUGUUGAAAGCUUUUAUGAAUCUGAAGUAUUUUCUACUGACUUUAACAACUCCUCUGGUGCUGAGAAUCAGAUCAAUGCUUAUAUUGAGAAAAAGACAAAUGGGAAAAUUGUUAAACUAGUGAAAAACCUUGAUCCUCUCACGGCAAUGGUUCUUGUCAACUAUGUCUUCUUUAAAGCCCACUGGAAGAAACCCUUCAGUACUUCAUAUACAAGGCAGGAGGAUUUUUUUGUGGAUCAGAAAACAUCUGUAAAAGUUGACAUGAUGUAUCGAAAGGGUUAUUACAGAAAUUACUUUGAUGAAGAGCUGUCUUGUUGGCUCGUUCAGAUACCUUACAAUGGAAAUGCUGCAGCAUUAUUUGUUUUGCCUGAUGAAGGGAAGAUGAAGCAGGUGGAAGAUGCUUUCUUGAAAAGGACUGUGUCUAAAUGGGAAAAGUCCCUCCAAGACAGAAAAAUACAUCUGCAUAUUCCAAAAUUUUCUAUUUCUGGCACUUACGAUGUGAAAAAGAUAAUCAAACAAGUGGGCAUGAUUGACCUAUUCACUGAACAAGCUGAUUUGUCAGGAAUUACUGAGGUGCCUGGACUGAUGCUUUCAAAAGUGAUCCACAGAGCUGUGCUGAAUGUUCAUGAGAACGGCACUGAAGCAGCAGGGGCAACGGUGAAGGAGAUUACCUGGAGAUCUGGAGAUGUUCCUCAUCCGCCUAGAGUCAGAUUCAACAGGCCCUUUCUCGUGGUGAUUCUGGAUAAACACACCCGCACUGUCCUCUUCAUAGGGAAAAUUGUAAACCCUCUGAAAAAUGACUGAUUGACCAGAGGACGUCCACUUACGCACGUUGCUGCCUAAAUUCCUGUAAUCCAGCAAACUUUUCUGUGUACAUACCACAAAGUAUUAUAUUAGUGCUCACCUUUCAACCAUUAUCCUUAUAUACAUUAUUAAUCCCUUAAAACUCAAAAACUAUUCUUCUUAUCCAAAAGUCUCUGGUAUUUCCCUUUCCUCUCCACCCCAGUCUACAGCUGGUUAUAGCUGGCAGUGUUAACAAAAUACAAGUCACUUUUCACCUGUUUUGUAAGAAGCCAUUCCUGACAUGCUCCUCUAGAGUGUUUGAGAUUGUUCAAAGUCCUUGGAUCAUGUAGCUAUUGCUGCACCCUCAUGGUGUGUGUACAGGAGAGCAGGAGAAGGGAAAUGGGGAAAAGGAGGUGGGAGGUAUAACUGCUGUCAUUUCAAUCCACUAGACUUUGACAACUAGUCUUAAAUGUGGAUUCCCUUAAGGUUGGAGAGAAUUUCAUUUAAUUUCUUUGGUGUUUAACCAAGUAUGGCAUGAAGCUGCAAAACCAGUAACUGGCACACUGAAGGACAAAACAGUGUAAAGGACUGACAAGUGCAGCUCAUCUAAAUUGUCUCCAUCUGUCUCCUCCUCAGUGAAAGCUUUUCUCAUGAACACAAGAAGAGUUUCUUUGCUUUACAGAUAAUGUUUAUCCUACUAAGUAAGGAAGCCAUGACAGCAAAAGGACUUUCUGUUUUCUCUUACAAAUAUAGCUGUUAUUGUCAAUGCCCUGUGAUAAGAGUAUGGUGGAGCAGUCCAUGACAUCAGCAUCAGCUUCCUUUGUAUAGAUUUGUUGUCUCAGUCUUUUUUCUCCCACUGACAUUGCCUUCACUAUCACACUUUCUAGCUAGACUUGUCAGACUGUGGUAGAAAAGAGGAGGAGUGAGAAUUUUAACAUGAGAGAGCUUGUAUGUCCUCAGUAACAAGAGCAGAGCUUUCCUAGGUACCGUUAACUUGCUUUAAAAUAUCAUAGACACAUAUCAUAGCCACAUAUACAAAAUGCAGAUAAUAUUUGAGAAGUCACCUUUCUAAACAUUAACAGUGGAUUACUAUUACAGAGUAAAAACAUACUGUGACUUGACAUUUGUAUCUUUUUCACUUAAGGUUUCUUGAGUCUAACUUAUUGGUUUUGUGUUGUUUUGUAGUGAGUGACUCAGUCAGUUGAUAGGAUUUUAACAGACCAGAUACACUAGAUAGUUUUACGGUUAUGAAAGAAAAGAAAAACAAACCAGUAAAUAUUUAAAUUAUUUUGUUAUUUUUUCCUUAAUUUUUUAGAUCAACAUCUUGUUUUAUUAAAGUAUAGAAAGCAAAUGAAAGUCUUAAAUCACAGAUUGAUUAAAUCUUUUGCUAUAGAAUAUCUAACACCAAUAGCAAAAAAUGUAAAAUAUAAACGGCAACUUUUUAAACUUUAGUCUCUUAAAAUGUCUGUGAAAAAUGUAACAUAAAAUUAUGGUGAAUAUUUAUAAAAUAUCAUUAUCUUCAUUGUUUUGGGGAACUUUAUUUUCUUUGACAUUAAUUUUAUCAAGAUUAGUAAACUGUAGCUGUAAGUAUAUCAAUAAGGAAUAUAAGAAUAUUUCCAUGUCUAUCUGUCACACGUGUAACACUUGACAUUCACUCUCAAAGCCCUCAUAAAAUCAUGCAAAUCAAUGACAAAUGCUUCUUACUCUUAACUGUAUUUAGUCUGUUCAUUAUUUAGUAACAAACUGUUGUCUUCACACCUCUAAACAUAUAAGGAUUUGGUAUAAUACAAAUAAACUGAUUCUACAGAAGAUCAUUUAAAA